UUGGCUGCGGUACAACUUGUGAACCAGCUCUUUCUUUUUACUUCCUUUCGGUUCCGAACAAGCAGCAAAAUGUCGAAGAGAGGACGUGGUGGUACCGCGGGAGGCAAAUUCCGCAUCUCACUGGGUUUGCCAGUAGGCGCUGUUAUGAAUUGCGCUGACAAUACAGGUGCCAAGAACCUGUAUGUUAUUGCUGUGCAUGGCAUUCGCGGUCGCUUGAACCGUCUGCCCGCUGCUGGCGUUGGUGACAUGUUUGUUGCCACCGUGAAGAAGGGCAAGCCGGAGUUGAGAAAGAAGGUUAUGCCUGCUGUGGUUAUUCGGCAGCGCAAGCCAUUCAGGAGGAGGGACGGGGUGUUUAUAUAUUUUGAGGACAAUGCCGGGGUGAUAGUAAACAACAAAGGCGAAAUGAAAGGCUCGGCCAUCACUGGCCCGGUUGCCAAGGAAUGCGCUGAUCUGUGGCCCCGUAUCGCAUCAAACGCAAGCUCUAUAGCCUAAGCAGUUUCCUUUUUCAUUCAAUAAUAAAUGAAGCCACCCAUAAAUAACGGAGAACAACGGCACACGUUUUAUAUUA